AUGCCACCAAAAGAAGAUUGGGAAAAAUGUGAUGUCAAGAAACGAAGCGAAUUAUUCUUGGCCGUAAAAUUAUCCACAGAUUUUCCUAUUUCCCGAAAUACAGCUCUCGACGAAAAUGAUAUUGCAUUACUAAAGACAUACGGUCAAGGACCAUAUGCAAAGGAGUUAAAAAAAACCGAUAGCGAUAUCAAAGAUAUACAGAAAAGGAUAAAUGAAAAAAUAGGUGUCAAAGAAUCGGAUACUGGUCUCGCACCGCCGAAUCUCUGGGAUAUUCCUGCAGAUAAACAACGAAUGCAAGAAGAACAGCCUCUGCAGGUUGCUCGUUGUACGAAAAUUAUUCAAGCAGGAGAAAAUGAAGAUUCGAAGUAUAUCAUAAAUGUAAAGCAAAUCGCAAAAUUUGUUGUUGCAUUAGGCGAUCGCGUUUCGCCUACUGAUAUUGAGGAGGGAAUGCGAGUCGGAGUUGACCGUAACAAGUACCAGAUUCAAAUUCCAUUGCCACCAAAAAUCGAUCCCUCAGUAACGAUGAUGCAGGUGGAAGAAAAACCCGAUGUCACUUAUAGUGAUGUUGGUGGAUGUAAAGAGCAAAUCGAAAAACUCAGAGAAGUUGUCGAAUUACCAUUACUUCAGCCCGAAAGAUUUGUCAGUCUCGGUAUCGAUCCUCCCAAAGGUGUUUUGCUAUAUGGACCUCCGGGAACCGGGAAAACACUUUGUGCUCGCGCAGUUGCAAACCGUACUGAUGCGACAUUCAUUCGUGUUAUUGGUUCCGAACUUGUGCAGAAAUACGUUGGCGAAGGUGCACGUAUGGUUCGUGAAUUAUUUGAGAUGGCGCGUACAAAAAAAGCCUGCAUUAUUUUCUUUGAUGAAGUCGAUGCUAUCGGAGGUGCACGUUAUGAUGAUGGUGCUGGAGGUGAUAAUGAAGUGCAGAGAACAAUGUUGGAAUUAAUUAAUCAAUUAGAUGGAUUUGAUCCACGAGGGAACAUAAAAGUUCUAAUGGCUACUAAUCG